AUGUACAGAAUUGGCAAAAAAGGUGUCAACCCACGUCCGAUGUUGAUUGGGUCUAAAGAAAAGUCUAUGAAAAACAUGAUAAUGGAAAAUCGUGUGAGGAUGAAACAAUUGAGUGAUGAAUUAAAAAAUGUCAGCAUAAGCCAUGACUUCACUAAAGAACAGCGUGAAAAAUGUAAAAAACUGGUAGCUGAAGCAAAAGAUAAACAGAAACAGGAGUCAGGGGAAUUUUUGUACAGGGUGAGGGGAGAUCCGUUAAAUUUAAGAAAAAUAAAAUAUAGAAAUAUUCAACAAAAAACUAAAGCAUACUAG